UUCAAGAGCUGCUUUCUGUUUUUGAACUUCCAAACUUUGUCUUUAUUUAAAACACGACAUCCUAAAAUGAGAGAUGACCUGGGUGACUGACUAAUUCUAUGUGACGUGGCCCCUCAUAGGCUUAUUUCAUUUGAAAUGGAAAGACCACCUCUUCAGGAGUCCUGGCACUUUGAGAUGUCCAUUUCUGCUGUUAGAAAUUUGAGCCUGUUUGUUAUGCAGUAGGAUGUGUGUAUUGUUUUUGGUGAAGUAGGAGAAGUGAGAGAGAAGAAAUGUGACAGUACUGUUGUUCCUGGGACUUACCAAGAGGAUAUGCCUUGCUUCUUGCUGUCCCUGAGAACAAAUAACUGAAAUGCCAAAUAGCAACAAGAAGAAAGCUGUGAGAUCCACAAUAACAUUUCUUGUUGUGUGCUAACAUAAGGGCGGUUGAAUUUAUGUCUAGGUGUUUCUGUAGUGUCUAUUACUGUAGUACUUAUACACCCAGGAAUCUCAUGCUGUGGAAGUCAGUCACUUGCUCAUGCUUCCCUCAGGCUGCAGUGGUGCAUGUUUGACUGGUAGCAUAACGGAUGUGCUUGGCUUGUUCUGAAAUCUGAGAAGCUUGGUCUGUUUGGUAAACUUAUGAUUAUGUGGGGUUUGACAGACCCUGUGCAGUGGUUGGGGAAAAUGCACGUUAACACCAGUGGGUGGCAUCCUGUUGAGCCAUUUCACUUUUGAUAGCUCAUAGGGCAUGCUGUGUGAUUUGAUCAUUUUUUAUAACCUCCCUCCCUAUCCAAGUGUCUUCAUAUCCUUCCCUUUGAGACACAAAAGCAAGCUUUGUGCAGUGGAGUGAAAAUGCAAGUGAAUAGGAAUAGGUUUGUGUCACAUCUUUGCUUCUGAGACUUUUGGAAAACUGCAUGCAAGCUUCCUCUGUCAUGUUUGAAAGGAGCAUUUCCGAGGUGCCGCCCUCCUUGAGUGUAGCUUCCUCACUCACUGUCAUGGAGCCUUGGCUUUGUUAUCUCUUGGGGCCCCUUCCCUUUGCAGGAAGAGGCUCGGCACCAGACUGAAGUGCAUAUAUGGGCUGGGACCGGCUGGGAUAUGGGAAUGGACACACCUCAUGACAAAAGCAUGUUUGAUCCUGUUUUCAAAGGAAGGUCUGGGAGCUCUAGGGACACCCUUCCUUGUUUCCUACCUUCUGCAAAAUGGGCUGGCUGUGGGAUGCUGACCUAUUCUAAUAUGGGUCAGUCCACCAAAAAAAGGCAAGGAGGGAGAGCCAGAGAAAGACAACAGAAAUUAAUAGAGCAGAAAAAAACCCUCUGUGGGAGGAGGAGGGGGCAGUUCGGAGUAAAAGGGUUUUAUUGUUCAUCCUGGGUUUCUGAAGUUGGGAGGGUGGCAUUAGUGGCAGCUCUUUUAUCAGGGUGACUUUGUAUUCAUUAUUAAAGGCAUGGGGGAGAUUAAUAGCAGAAGGGAUAGUUGGGAUGUGACCAACUGGAGGGGCAGAAGGGGGGACUCCACAGUGUGCAGUGGGGGAGGGAGGAUUCCUUUGUGUCUUCAGAGUUUAAUUGCAGUCGGGGAAGGGAAUUGUGGUGCUGUACUGAAGGUUAAAUAGUUCACAUAGGUUGCCUUCUAUUUAUUUGAAAAGUUGCAGGACCGUCCUUUGAAUAUACACUUGGAGGGAAUAUGAAACUGCCUAAAGUUAAGCAAUGAUACAGCUGUUGUUCAGUCCUCUACCCUCUCUGCUGAGGUCUCUUCUCAGAAGUGGCUUUAUAGAAACUCCAAGUGGAAAUUCUUCUGAGAAGGCACGAUGAUAGUGGUGACUGGAGUCAUGUCAGCCCCUGAACUGGGGUCCAGUGCCACCACUCCAGCUGCGGCUCCCAACUUCUCUUGGAUGCCGAAUGAUGGCAGCCCCACAGCAGUGGAGCAACCGAUAUUUCUAAUGACUACAGCUGCUCAGGCCAUCUCAGGUUUCUUUGUAUGGACAGCUUUGCUCAUCACCUGCCAUCAGAUCUAUAUGCAUCUGCGCUGCUACAGCUGCCCUAAUGAGCAGCGCUAUAUUGUCCGGAUCCUUUUCAUUGUGCCCAUUUAUGCCUUCGACUCCUGGCUCAGCCUCCUGUUCUUCACCAAUGACCAGUACUAUGUUUACUUUGGUACUGUGCGGGACUGCUAUGAAGCCUUUGUGAUCUACAACUUCCUCAGUCUCUGCUAUGAGUACCUUGGUGGGGAGAGCUCCAUCAUGUCUGAGAUCAGAGGGAAAUCAAUUGAAUCCAGCUGCAUGUAUGGGACUUGCUGCCUGUGGGGAAAGACGUAUUCCAUUGGGUUCCUGAGAUUCUGCAAACAGGCCACUCUGCAGUUCUGUGUGGUGAAGCCCCUCAUGGCAAUCAGCACUGUCAUCCUCCAGGUCUUUGGCAAGUACCGGGAUGGUGACUUUGAUGUCACCAGUGGCUACCUCUACGUGACGAUCAUCUACAACAUCUCAGUCAGCCUGGCGCUAUAUGCCCUCUUUCUCUUCUACUUUGCCACACGCGAGUUGCUCAGCCCCUACAGCCCAGUUCUCAAGUUCUUCAUGGUCAAGUCCGUCAUCUUUCUGUCCUUUUGGCAAGGCAUGCUGCUGGCUAUUCUGGAGAAGUGCGGCGCCAUCCCCAAGAUCCACUCAGCCAACGUGUCUGUGGGUGAGGGCACUGUAGCUGCCGGCUACCAGGACUUCAUCAUCUGCGUGGAGAUGUUCUUUGCAGCCCUUGCUCUGCGCCAUGCCUUCACUUACAAGGUCUAUGCAGACAAGCGCCUUGAUGCACAAGCUGUUCCAUCAUACGGGCCGUACGGUCGCUGUGCCCCAAUGAAGAGCAUUUCCAGCAGCCUCAAGGAGACCAUGAACCCUCAUGACAUUGUCCAGGACGCCAUUCAUAACUUCUCCCCUGCCUACCAGCAGUACACCCAGCAGUCGACACUGGAGCAUGGACCACCAUGGCGCAAUGGUGGCCAUGUCAUCUCACGCUCCCACAGUGUCUCGGGCGGCCGUGACAAUGAGAAGACACUGCUGCUGAGCUCUGACGAUGAGUUCUAACAGGGGCCACCAUCCCCAGUUGCUCCCUGAGGCUGAUGAGGGAUGAUGGCCCCAUCUGGUCUGGAAUCUUUCUUUUUAUUUAUUGAACAAACAACACUAGUCAUAUCACUUCCUGGAUGGUGCUCAAUGCAGAAGCAGGCACUUCCCGUUAGCUUUUUGUGGGUCUAAACAUCAUGAGCAGGGGGAACGGGUGGCUGGGACUUCAUUCUCACAAACCACUUUUCUAAAGCAAAAAUCAACUGGAACAGGUUUUGUUUCACAAAUGACUGUUUCAAACCAACAGACAUGUAUGGCAAUGGGGAACAAAGCCCUAAGAAAGAGUGGACCAUGUUUUCCAUUUUUCCUUUUUUCCCCUUUUAUGUGUGGGGGUGCAGGAAGUGAGGUCAUAGCCUCCCACGCCCACUAAGCGCUAUGGUACACAGAAAUAGCCAAAAAAGUUUUCUUCCCAACUGAGCAGCUAAAUUACUUACACUUCUUUCUCCAUAGCAGUUGACAUGAAUGUAGCUGCUAGUUCCUUUUUCUCCUCUUUAUCAGUACUGCUGUGCUAACCGCCCUGAACCCUUUGGGAAAGGCAGUCAAGAGACACCUGUAAGAAUUCCUGAGAACCAGACCAAACCCUUGGUCUCUCUGCUACCAUGUUCUCUGUCUGCCCGAGGCCAUUGCCAGAUGCUUCAGAAGUAAACACCUGUCCAUCACCCCCUUGUGCACUGAUUUAUACAGUUUGAUACUUGUGGGGAGGGGCGUGGGGGGAGCGGGAGAUUUUCCUUCUGGCUCCAGCUGAUGAUCAGGUAAAGGGGCAGAUACAAAGCAUAUUUUCCCUUUGUGGGCAAGGGGUUUUUAUGGUUACCAUAAAUCUUUAGGAUUCCCAUGUCUCCUACAUUGUAGAGUCAGAAUUCCUCCUUAGUGUGUCCAGCUCCUGCUACUAAUAAGACAUAGGACUAGCCAUGACCAGUAACUGAAGUACAAUAGUUGUGGUUAGAAGUGUUUAAAUAUGAUCGGUAGGCCAUUGGUUCUUUGUUUCCUACUCCUCUCAGUUGGGGGAGACGGGGUAUCAAAACACUUCAGCCCUAGAUGCUAUAGUACAAACACGCGUGCACCUUCUGAUUCAGUUCCAGCACAUGCACCAUUUUCCCUUCCUCUUUUCUUAUAGAAAUCCCUCUUUCAGCCUUGCCAUCCAUUGAUUUGCUUUGGGAACUGAAGGAGCAUUGCUAUAAGGAGGGGGUUUCCUGACAGAAACGUUCUGCUCCCUGCUUGCCCUCCUUUCUGUUGUUUGGGACCCAGCUGGGCCAGUCUGAAAUGUUUACAUGUUCUAGCCAAUUUGUUUUACUCCUUUGUGGUUCCUCCAUGAUCUUCCAGAGUAGAGUUGCCAUAAUAUGUGAUAUAGCCCCCACAGCAACUGACACAAUAGAGACUAGAGCCAAAACCCAUUGAAGUCUAUGAGAGUUUUUCCCUUUGGCUUCAGUGGGCUUUGAAUCUGGUGUUCAGCAGAAUGAACACAAAAAGGACCCCCCGAAGAGCUGAAAAUCUUGCCAGGCACCAAAAAAUGCCUCUUGAUGGUUUAAAGUUGGGAUGCAGGGGGAACAAAGUGCCAUAGAUUGGUUGGACUUCUGCUACUGUUGUGACUAUUUGUGCUCAUAUUAAAACUGCCCACAAAAAAAGGAACCAAAACAGGGAGGUGAACAUGAAGCUGCUGCUUUCCUCCAGGCUGUGGGCCUCUCUUCAUUCCUUUCCACCACUGCCACUGCAUAUGAAGCAGCCAUUAUGGUUUCAGGCCCCUUGGCUAGUUGUGGUCAGCAAGCACGUGCUGUCAGCGCACCCAGUCCCUCUGUUGGGGAGGCUUGAGGGGAAAAGCUGGGGCCUGACUGUGUUGCACGUGGCUUACCUUUCUCUUCUGUGCCUUAAUUUUCACAUAGACACAUAUGAUCCCAACAGCAGCAGCAAUGCCCCUGGAAAUGACCUCAAUCCAAAGUCCAGUUUGAUUGGCAGCGAAUAGAUGCAGGCCAAGAGAGGGGCAGGCUUAUUGAGAACAGAGUGCGUUUCUCUUGGGGAUGUCAGCGCUGAUGUGGUUUGCCCUCCAUAUUAUGCUUUUGAGAAUAAGCUGGAGGGAAGUGAAUAGGUUUCUGGAACACAGCGGCCCAGGGGCCUGGGGGUGGUGUGGGGAACUCCCUGGGGGGCAGGAGGUCUGAAAGCAAAUGUCUGUGGCUACCAGGACCGCCUGCACUGCAGUCCCAUGCAAUAGGUUAUGAUUUUUUUUUUUUUAAUCAGUUACUACUUAACUUGAACUGAAACAAAAAACAAUAAUCAGACCUUUCACAGGCUUGGUGCAAAAUUGUCUUUCCACACCUCCAAGCCAUUUGGAACACAGACAUGAAGUUCAAAUGGGUCUCCCUUCCAGUGACCUUCACUUUGAUCCACAAGCACCCCAUGGUGCUCAGAUUAUUUAUUUUAUAUUCACUCUUUUUUCAGAAGCAGAGGAGGCGGCAGUAUAGACUCACCUCUGUUAAAUUGGGGGUGUCCAUUCCCUGUACUUCCAGCUGCAGCACUCCCCCACAACACCUUUCUUCCUGUUUAACUUAUUUGUGGCAAACCUCCCUAAUAUUCCUCCAUUGUGUUGGAGGGAUGGAGGGAGGGGCUGAAGUUUGGAGUCCCUGGGGUUUCCCCGUUGACCCUAAAAUAUCCCAGCUUUGGGGAAGGAUUUUUUUUUAAAUUAUUAUUAUUUUAAAAUGUAUGCUGCAUAUACUGUGCAUAGGAUCUGGAUAUUCUUGAAGCUUCCUGUAUGUAGAUGUUUAAAGCAUAACCUUUUUGCACUGGUUACCUUCAAAGGAACCUGGUAGAAAGUAGAGUCCUACCUACCACAGCCAGCGCCAUAUACCUUUUUUAGCGCCAUAUGAAAACAUCUCUGCUAAGCUUUCUGCUCUCUCUCAAGAUGGGCAAGUGCCAGAACAAUGACUGGUACAGUAGUCACUUUGGCUAUUAAAAGUGCACAUAUGAUAAAACUCAGAGCUUGAGAUUUUGGCUACUGGGCCCUUUGAUCAUGCAUAUCCAACUCACAGUAGCCCAGGGCCAUAAACAAAAGCCAGUCCCACCAAUAGACCCCUGGUAGUUCUCUUCCCCUCUCCUUAAUACCAUGUAACAUACCCGUGGAAUUUGUUUAUUAUUUUUCCAUGUAGAGUAGUUCUUUGUAUAUAAAUGACUGAAAAAAUGUAUGAUAAAUAAGACAGAGUCACCUAGUUUUGUACCUAUCGUGUAUAACUGAUGUGAGCUCAGCGACAAGCCGCUCUCUCUAUUUUGGUCUUUGUGACGUUAUACUCUGCAGAAACAAGCAAAUACAAUGACAAAUAAAAAUAUAUAGAUAAUAUAGAUUGUACUUCA